AAAUAAUAUAUAAACCUUCCAGCAGAGGGCGACGCUAUUUAGCGAAGGCUUCAGCAGGGCGUCGUUCUUCUUCGACAGUCCUGUCACAACACAGGAAGAGCCGGAGGUGGCUGUGCUCCUUUCAUUUCCUACCGAGUACAUAACAACAGGAUUUUUAAUAGGUGGCUGAAUAAAACAACAGUAAAUAGAGUUAAUGAUCUGCUUGUCAACUCAGAAAGAGAGAGCCACUAGGAGAGAAUCUGAGUGUGUAAGGUACCAUGUCUACUGGUUGCCCACCACAGUCUCCAGCCGUGGCUAAAACAGAGGUGGUGGUGGAGGGAUGGUGCCCCUUAUUGGCAGCUACCUUUGCCUACUGGGACAACAUCCUGGGACCCCGUGUAUGGCACAUCUGGGCCCCGAAAGGUCAGGGGUCGAUGUUACUCAGUGACGGCGAGGUGACUUUCCUGGCAAAUCACACGCUGAACGGUGAGAUUCUGCGCAGUGCCGAGAGCGGUGCUGUGGACGUAAAGUUCUUCGUCUUGGCAGAGAAAGGUGUGAUCAUUGUGUCACUGAUAUUUGAUGGAGAGUUGAAGGGUGACAAGAACACGUGCGCGCUGUCCAUCAUUCUGCCUCAAUCAGAACUGGAUUUCUACCUUCCGCUGCACAGUGUGUGUGUGGAAAGGCUCAAGCACACUGUUCGCAAGGGACGCAUCUAUAUGCAGAAGGGUUAUGGAAUUAUUGCUUUGUUAACCUCAGAGAUUGUUCCUAUCAUGGAGCUUCUCUCAUCCAUGAAGACUCAUAGCGUACCAGAGGAAGUUGAUAUCAAAGACACAUUAUUGAAUGAUGAUGAUAUAGGUGACAGCUGUCAUGAGGACUUUCUGCACAAAGCCAUCAGCUCUCAUCUACAGACUUGUGGCUGUUCCGUUGUUGUUGGCAGUAACCCAGACAAAGUCAAUAAGAUUGUGCUGACGCUAUGUCUGUUCCUCACACCCGCUGAGAGGAAGUGCUCACGACUGUGCCGCGCUGACGGCACUUUCAAAUACGACACUGGCUUGUUCGUUCAGGGCCUGCUCAAGGACUCCACAGGGAGUGUUGUGUUGCCUUACCGACAGGUCCUCUCUUCUACCUAUCCAUCUACUCACAUUGACGUGGACAUUAACACAGUGAAGCAGAUGCCUCCUUGUCACGAACACACGUACCAUCAGCGCCGCUACAUGCGGGCCGAACUCAGUGCCCUCUGGAAGACUACCAGUGAGGACGAAAUCAGCCCUGACCACCUCAUCAACAUACAAGAGUCAUUUACUCCUGAUUUGAAUAUAUUUCAGGAUGUCAUGCACAAAGAUUCAUUGGUAAAGUCUUUCAUAGAUGAGGUCUUCCUACUGAAACCAGGUCUAAACCUUAGGAGUGUAUACUUGUCCCAUUUUCUGCUACUGCUGCACAGGAAGGCUCUGACGCUGCUCAGAUAUAUUGAGGAUGAGACUCAAAAGGGGAAGAAGCCAUUCCGGUCACUGCGUAAUAUGAAGACUGACCUGGAUUUGACUAUAGAAGGAGACCUGAACAUCAUCAUGGCAAUGGCAGAGAAGCUACGGCCAGGCCUUCACUCCUUUGUGUUCGGGAAGCCCUUCUUCACCAGUGUGCAGGAGCGUGAUAUUCUAAUGAACUUCUGACCUUUCACCUUGAAACACUCAAUAUCAUUAAUCCACAAGAUGGGUGAUAUGUGUUCAUGUUCUAAAAGUAUGGUUGUGUAUAAUGUAUGUGUAUGUGCACUGAUUCUGGAGCUUGCUUGAACCAUUAUUUGUAUAAUAACAGAUAUAACUGUAUUUGUGUAUGUGUUGUGUCAUUUUUUUUUUUUUGCCUUUAAAGACUGAGAAACUGUCCACACAAGUGCCAUGCAGGGCAGGGCCUUCAUUGUGUUCAUCAUGAAUUUAUUUUAACUAUGAAGAUUGUGAUGCUGCUACCGAGUGCCUCUGAUGGCACAGCCUUACUCUGAUGUUUCUUCUACAGACAGUAAUGGCUCACUAUGAAUAAAUAAAGUUUUGCUUGUUAUGAGGGCCAAGUGUUGUCAUGGAGACAUGAUAAUCAUGAGGUCAUGUAAAAGAAGAUGCAGCUCAUUAGGUAUGCUUCUACAUGUUGUACAUGGAAGAAUUUUAAAGCAAACAGACUUAAGAAAAGGUGUUGAUUAAUAUUGUCACAGGGCUACUAUCUGUAAAUAAAUCUGAAGGUGAAUUAACUGAUGUGGUUGUAUUUAAAUUAAGCAGGUUUUGCUGUUUUUUUCCCUUUGGAAAAACAAUGUGUAUGUCAGUUAACUUUUUAAAAUGAAAAUAAAGGCAUAGCUCAAA